AAUUAUUUAUGAUUUAAUCUAGUCUUCAUGAUAGGUGUGUGUAUGUAACUUAAUAUAAGUCUGAGACAACUCUAGAAUAAUUGAAAUAAGCAUUUUCUGAGUUCGGAAAGAUUGAAUAAUUAUAAUAAAACGCUAAGUCAAAUGGAGUAUUCAUAGUUUAUGAUAGUAAUGAAGCAGGUAUAAAUGAUUUUAAUAAAAAAGUGAGAAGAGCAACAUCAAAGACAGUAACAAUAGGAGGUAAGAACUUAGAUGUAAAUGAAUACUUGGAUAUGGAUAAAUUGGAUGAAGAAGCAAAUAUAUUUAUUGAUGGAUUAAGUCCGACAACAACUUAAUUGUAUUUGAAAGAGAAAUUAAGCAAAUAUGGAAAAAUCUUGAAUAUAAAAGUUUAAAUGUCUGAUAAGGCAGGAGUAGCAUACAUAUAAUUUGAAUAAAGAGGAUCAGCAGAAUAAUGUAUGGCAGAUUAAGCAAAUAUAGGAAUGCAUAUUACAAGGUAACAUUAAAUAAUUAUCAAUUUUAGAGCAAUAAAGAAAGGAAAAUAAUAAUAAAUUAAAAGAGAUUAAUUGUUUAUAUCUAAUAUUAAAUCUUAAUCUUCUUUAGAUCAAUUGAAACAAUAUUUAGAUUAAUAUUUUUGUGAAUAUGGUAAAAUUGAAUCCAUUUAAGUUAAUGUGAAUCCAAAGAAUUAAACAUACUUUGCAUUUGUAAGAUUUGAAAAUUCAGAAGAUGCUUAUAAAGCUGUUAAAUCAACUAAACCAUUUUAAAAUUAAACUGUUACAAUCUAAUGGGCUGUUAAUUCUAAUGAUAAUAUAGAAGCUAAUCUAUAUACUAAAAAUCUUAAACCCACUGUUACUGAAUAAUAACUUAGAGAAGCAUAUGAAUCUAUUAUUGUUUUAGAUGAUAUUCAAUUAUUACCACCUAAUAAAUCAUCUAAAUUAUCUGCUUAUAUUUAUUUGAAAUCUGCUGAAGAUGGAAAAAAAGUUAUUGAUUUAGCAUUCAAAACUAAAAAAAUAUUUGAUUUAUAUGAUAAAUUUACUGUUUAAAUCUCACCUAUGUUAAGUCCAGCUGAAAUUAUUUAAUUUAAAAAAAUUCAAUCCAAACCUAAUUAUUAAUCAUAUCCUUAAUAAACCAUGCCAUUCCCUCCUUAUUAAUAACCAUUUUAAGCAUAUCCAAACUAUUAAAAUCCUCCAUAUGGUAAUUAUUAAUAAUAACCACCACCCUAUUAUAAUUAACCAGGAUAUCCUCCAUAAUAACAACCAUAUUAAUAAGGUGGAUUCCCUUAAUAAUAAGGCAAUUAUCAUUAACAUAGACCAAAAAGAAAUCCAUAUCCAAAUCAAUAUCAUAAUUAACCAAGAUAACCUAAGAUACCUGAUCUAUAAUACUUAUUAAAUUUAAAAGCUUAAGGAAAUGACAGAAAAAUUAUUGAUACUAUUGGAGCUAUAUUAUUUCCUAUGGUUAAUCAACAGGUUGAAUCUAAAUUAGUAAUUAUAUAUACUCUAUAUUUAAGGCACCUCAAGUGACAGGAAUCUUAUUAGAUUUUGAAAAUUAUGGGUUGGAAGACUAAUUAAAAAUGCUUUAGAAUCCAACUUAUCUGAAUGAGCAAAUCAAUUAAGCUGUAGAUCUAAUAAGAAAAUCUUAUUGAGUAUAUAAAAUUAAAUAAAUACAU